AUGGGCUUUUAUCAAGAAAGAAUAAUUACACAACCUUACAAAAUUCAAAAUAUGACAAAAAAAGAAUUUUUUAAAGAUGCUCAAUUUUUAGUUUUUGCAAAUAGAUUGGUUGCUUUAGUUUUGGCUGGAAUUUAUAUUUUGUUUCGGUGGAAAAGUUUACCAGUUCAUGUCCCUCCUCUUUAUCUUCAUUCUUUCACUUCUUUUUCAAAUGUGCUUUCUUCUUGGUGUCAAUACGAGGCUCUUAAAUAUGUUAGCUUUCCAACACAGACAGUCUGUAAAGCAAGUAAAUUAGUUCCAACAAUGAUUAUGGGAAGAAUUGUCCGUAAACGUCAAUAUUCAAUUAGAGAGUACAUUUUGGCUUUUAUUAUUGUUUUUGGGGCUUCUAUUUUCUUUUUAUCUUCAACUAGGCAAAUUAAGAGAGAAAGUAACGACAAAAGGAGAGAAGAAACAAAUUCAGCUGUUUCUGGAUUUAUAUUAAUGUGUGGAUAUUUAUUACUUGAUGCUUUUACUCCAAAUUGGCAAAAAAAAUUAUUUGAACAACCCCCACGUCUCCACACUAGUCAAAUGAUGUUUGCAGUUAAUUUAUUUUCUGUAAUUUUGUGUUUAAUUUCUCUAUUACAACAAGGAACAUUACUUACUUCAAUUAAUUUUAUUUCUAAACAUGAAAAUAUUUUUGUUGAUUGUUUACUGCUUUCGUUGGGUUCUGCUUUUGGGCAGGUUUUUAUUUUAAUGACUGUUAAGCGGUUUGGCCCUGUUGUUCUUUCGUUAUUGAUGACAAUUCGUCAAAUUCUAUCAAUUUUCUUUUCAACCUAUAAUUUCGGUCAUUCAAUUACUUUAAUAGGAUUUUUCGGGUUAUUUACAGUUUUUGGUGCAAUUAUUGUUGAUAUUUAUUCAAAAUAUAGAAUUAAUACAGGAAGAAGGCUUAGAUAA